AGUUAACGCGAUAAUAGAAAAUCGAAUCGGGGAAGGGGAAAAAAGAACAGGUGGUGCGAAGACGAAGAAGAGGAAGAAGAAGAAGAAGCAGAAGCAGAAGCAGCAAAGCUUCAUCGGCUCCACAACCUCUCCCCCAGUUGCAGGUCCGCGUCGGUAAUUGCUGUUGGAAGGAAGCCUUCAGAUGAAACCGGUCUGCCCCUUCGUGAAGGCGUCGCGUCCCGAGGACGCGCCGCCGCCGUCGUCCAGGAAGCACCAGAAGGAGGCCGGCGCGGAUCCCGCGAGCGUCUCCCCCAAGUGCCCCUUCGGCUACGACGCGCCGCCGGAUGCCGGGGCCAUCUCCCCCAAGUGCCCCCUCGGCUACGACUCGCAGACGUUCAAGCUCGGCCCUCUCAGCUGCAUGAUCUGUCAGGCCCUUCUGUUCGAUUGCGCCAAAUGCGUGCCCUGUUCUCACGUCUUCUGCAAAGCAUGUAUAUUGCGAUUUAAGGACUGCCCACUCUGUGGAGCUGAUAUUGAGGGCACAGAAGCUGACUCGAAUCUUCAGAGCAUAGUUGAUCGGUUUAUCGAAGGCCAUGGUAGAAUUAAGAGGUCCCAUGUUGAGAAUGUUGAUAAAGAGGAAGUUAGCGCGAAGGAGACGGUGAUAUAUGAGGACGUGUCUUUGGAAAGAGGUGCUUUCUUGGUUCAACAAGCCAUGCGGGCUUUUCGUGCUCAAAAUGUGGAAAGUGCCAAAUCAAGACUCAGUGUCUGUGCUGAGGAUAUCAGAGAUCAGAUAACAAGAACGGGCAGCACGUCAGAAUUGUGUUCUCAGCUGGGUGCUGUCCUCGGCAUGCUUGGUGACUGCUGUCGAGCAAUAGGAGAUGCUGUGUCUGCGGUCACAUAUUUUGAGGAAAGUGUUGGGUUUUUAGAAAAAUUGCCAGCAGAUGAUAUGGAGAUCACACAUACACUCUCUGUUUCCCUCAACAAAAUUGGCGAUCUUAAAUAUUAUGAUGGAGACCUGCAAGCCGCAAGAUCUUAUUAUGACCGAUCCUUGAAUGUCCGUCGAGAUGCUGCAAAGGAUAGUCCGGAUGUUCCUUCGCAGAUUCUGGAUGUGGCUGUUUCUCUGGCGAAAGUGGCGGAUGUCGACAGGAGCCUUGGAAAUGAAAAUAAUGCCACUCAAGGAUUUCAAGAAGGCAUAAAGCUGCUGGAAUCAUUGACACUGAAAUCUGAAGAUAUUGGUCUCGAACAGCGUCGGCAAUCGGUGCUGGAGUUUCUGAAAACCCAGCUGGUGGAGAAAGAACCUAAAUAAAACUCGCUCAGGUCAGGCUUCAGAUGUUUGUCUACCUUCCUCUGCUACUGUAUAUUCCUGGCCUUCCGUCUCGAAUAAUAAAAUCAGUUUCAUGAGAAACUGCAAGAGUUGAAAGUGCAUCUAUGAUGUAACCCAAGAAGAUAGUCCUGCAGGACUAAGUGAUGGGUAUUGUCGGCAGCAGAAAGGCAUUGACAUGCUUUGUAAUCUGUGAGUGACCACUGAAUGAAGCUGUGGUGGCUAAUCUGUUUCCCUCUUGUUCUAGUAUCGGUUUGUUCUCAUGGUUUCGUAACUUUCUACCUUGAAGUCCCAAUAUGUAAUGCUCUUGUAGCCUCUCUCCUGUAAUAAAUGGUUCCUGGGAUUUUUGCACCUGAAGCUGUAAGGUGGAUGUUGCGACGUCAAGUGACGUCUAUAAGUUCAAUGUAGAGUUUAUGUUCUUCUC